AUGUACUAUACCAUGGAUGUUAUUUCUGUAGAAUUAAAGAAUUUAAAGAACUUAACAUUAUUGGAUAUAAGUGAUAAUGGUUUCAAUGGCACCCUAUUAUUUAAAGGUUUGUGUGGUUUAAAAGGUCUUCAACUUUUAGAUCUCAGCUAUAAUGAAUUUGGAAGCACUCUUCCUCCAUGCCUUGGCAAUUUGACAUCUCUCACAUUCCUAGAUCUGUCUGGAAACCACUUAACAGGGCGUCUUCCUUCAUUUUGGCCACCUAAGCUCCAAUAUGUUGAUCUUAGCCAUAAUCAUCUCCAGGGCGUAUUCUCUUUUAAUUAUUCCAGCCUUGAGAAUGGUUGGAUUCCAUCAUUUCAGUUAAGGGCUCUUAUAAUGCAAGAUUGUGGUCUCGAAAGUAUUCCUGAGUUUCUGUUUCACCUAUUCAAAUUGGAAGUACUUGACCUUUCUCACAACAAACUAAAAGGAAGAUUUCCUUAUUGGUUACUUCAAAACAAUGGAGGACUUAAGAUCCUAGAUCUCAGGAAUAAUUCUUUCAAUGGCCAGCUUGAAAUUGGGGCAAAGAUGCUUCCGAGCAUGACAUAUCUUAAUUUAGCCAAAAAUCAUUUUAAAGGAGAUCUUCUUUUUUCUGCCGGUGAUGACUGUAAAUUGGUCGUUUUAGAUUUGUCUCAUAACUACUUUUCAGGGGAAGUUCCAGAGAGACUGCUUUCAAAUUGCAUUUCUGUGAGCUAUUUGAGGUUAUCUCAUAAUAAUUUUCAUGGUCAAAUAGCAUUGUUUAACUUGACUCGAAUUGCUGAUUUGCAAUUGAAUGACAACCAAUUCGAAGGAACCCUAUCAAGUUUACUCACCAAUUUUAGUCAUCAAAGCUCUGGCCCAGUGGUGUUACAUUUGAGCAAUAAUCAAUUGCACGGUGAGAUUCCACACAGGAUGGGUAACUUCACAGGAUUGAAAUAUCUCAACUUGCGCGAUAAUCUUUUUCAAGGUCAGAUUUCAUGCCAACUUCUUUCAACAGGAAUAGAGUAUCUAGACUUUUCUUAUAAUUCUCUUUCUGGGUUGUUACCUUCUUACUUUAAUGGAAAUUCUUUGCGACAAAUAAAUUUGCAAGGUAAUAGAUUCAGUGGCUCAAUACCUGAAGCUUUGCUCAAUAUCUCAACACUGAACUCAUUAGACUUAAGCGACAAUGAGUUGUCGGACACCAUUCUUAAUAAAUCUGGUGAGAAUUUAAGUGGUUUACGAGUUAUUUUAUUACGAGAAAAUCAUUUCAAUGGCUUCAUUCCAAAUUGGUUGUGUCAGCUGAAUAAUGUCAACUUAUUCGAUCUCUCAAGGAACUCCUUUUCUGGGUCUAUACCCUAUUGCUUAUAUAAUCUCUCAUUUGCAAGGGAAGGAGAAGGACAUCUCUAUGAUCCUCCAUUCAGUGAUAAACUUUUUGAAUGGGUGAUAGAAUAUAGGGGUAGCAGCAAAACUCUCUUUGAUAACAGAGUUUCUUUUGAUGCCGAGGUUGAUGAAGAAAGUGAGUUUGUUACAAAAUAUAAAGCCCACACAUAUAAGAAUAAGGCUCUUAAUUUAAUGUCUGGAUUAGAUUUGUCAGUAACGGGUGAAAUUCCAUAUGAACUUGGAGCGCUAUCUGAGAUUCAUGAAUUAAACCUAUCACACAAUCAAUUGACAGGAUCUAUUCCGAGAUCUUUUUCAAAUUUAUCCCAAAUAGAAAGUUUGGAUCUCUCUUACAACAUUUUAAGUGGACAAAUUCCAGUGGAAUUGAUCGAUCUAAACUUUCUAGAGGCAUUUAGCGUGGCCCACAAUAAUUUAUCCGGUAGAAUUCUAGACAUGAAAGGACAAUUCAGUACAUUUGAGAGUAAAAGUUACGAAGGGAACCCAUUUCUUUGCGGAACUCAAGUGAGAAGAAAAUGCCACGAUGAUAAUGAUGAACCAUCUCCAUCACAAAUGGAGUCACCACAAGAAGAAGUGGGAAAUGGUAUGAAAUUGAUUGCGAGAUUUUUCUUACAAGUUUUUCAGUAA